AUGGCCAGCCAUUACUUAAGCCUCAAGACGUCACUGUCAUCCUUCACCUACCGAUCGUCCUGCUCCUACCGGUUUCUCCCAUAUCUGCCUCAAUCAUUCGUCAGAACUUUGGCUGUGUCUCUUCACUCUCCUCUCCGAAAGCUUCCCUCCCGGUUUGUGGAUUUAGACGUUACGAAGAAAAUCGAGGAAGAAGAUGUUCCAUCUUACGUCCCAGAAGAUUACUACCCAGUUCAUAUUGGGGAGGUAUUCAAGUCUAGAUACCAGGUUGUGACAAAGUUAGGAUUCGGAGUUAAUUCUACAGUUUGGCUGUGUAGAGAUCUUAGGAAACACCGAUAUCUGACGCUUAAAAUACGUGUUCGAACCAAAGAGCAUGAGCUUGUGGACUUACAGAGUGAUCGCGAAAUCACAAUCAAUGAGCAUUUGACAAGUAAUCCCAUCGACCAUCCUGGGAAAAACAUGGUCCGAAGUGUCAUUGACUCAUUUGAACUCACUAGUCUUAAUGGAAAUCACAAAUGUGUACUCUAUCAACUUCUUGGAAUGAGUUUCACUGAGUUUCUGAGACUUCUUCCUCAUAACAAGUUUCCAAAAGAUCUUACUCAAAGAAGCGUACAACUCCUCCUCAUAGCCCUGGAUUAUUUACAUCAGUGCCAUGUAGUUCACACUGAUAUUUCACCAGAUAACGUACUCCAAAAGAUUGAAGAUGAAUUAAUCAUUUCCCAGAUUGAGAAAGGGCUGGAACAACCCAUUGCCCGAAAAGUUCUUAGCAAUCGUACUAUCUACAAAUCUCAACAAAUGCCUUUGAGUACAGGCCCACCGCUUCUCUGUGAUCUUGGGGAAGCUAGACUUGGUACCCAGAAGCACAGAGGUGAUAUUAUGCCUGGAAUUUACCGCGCACCAGAGGUGAUUUUGGGAAUGGACUGGGAUUCUAAAGUGGAUAUUUGGGCGAUUGGUGUUAUGACGUGGGAUUUUCUUGAAGGCAGUCAUUUAUUCUUUGCAAAGAAAAAUCGAAUGCUAGAUGAUGAACAGCACCUUGCAGAAAUGGUUUCACUUUUGGGGCCUCCGCCUCUAGAAUUCUUGAAGCGGAGUGAAAAGUGUUAUCAAUACUGGGACAGUCAAGGAAACUGGAGAGGCUCUGUUCCGAUUCCUGAUCAAUCUUUCGAAAUCCGUGAACAGUGGCUUCAUGGAGAGGAUCAAGCUCUUUUCGUGAAGUUCUUACGUAGGAUUUUAUGCUGGAUACCAGAGGAGAGGCCUGCUGCAGAGGAGCUGGCUUUCGAUGAGUUUUUGAUGCAGCCACAGGCUACGGCAUUCUCGGCAACAUCGACUGAGAUAUCGACGUAG